GACUUAGUGGAGACUAUCAAUAGCACACACGUCAACACAAGCUACUUAAAAGACUUCACUCUGGAUGAUCACAUCACAGCCUCGACGGACAUUGCGCAUGUGCUGGAGUCUGGUACGGGUAUUGUGAUGGUGUGCAUACCCACACCUUUCUUCCGACAGUUCUUAGUAGACAACUUGGACCAAUUUCCUCGCGGCGUCCCGAUUGUUUGCUGCAAUAAGGGGAUUGAAAAGGACAGCUUCGAAACGCCCUACGAGAUCGCUAUAAAUGAAAUGCCUGGAGCGUACCACAAGUAUCUCGGCUGUCUGGCGGGCCCCAGUUUUGCGCAAGAGGUUGUGUUGGAUUUACCUACCAAUGUGACUGUGGCCGCGUCCACUAUGAAGUCUGCCAGACUCAUCCAGACGAUUGUCAGUGACAAUUCAUUCCGAGCAUACGCCACUACAGGUAGGUCGUGA